CUAAAUGUGGCGUUACGGUGAUCCCGGUUCUAUGCGAAGUGACAAAAGAAGAGGUUUAGGAACAUACAACCACGACAACAAGAGAGGUCGGAAAUUUGGCUUCAAAGGUGGACUACAUGGUGUUCAUGGUAGAGGUUGUCACACAAACACAUCAAGCUAUCGUAAACAAAGUAUAAAAGAAUCAAAUUCAUCUCGAUCAUCUUCAUUCAAAUCAUCUUUUAGAAAACAAUAUUCAUUUCGAGCCACACCUCCACCAGAUUCAUUCGAUGAUGAUGCCGAUUCUGAUCCACCUUCAUUGACUGAAAUGAAUCUAAUCCAAGGCUAUGAAAACACUAAAUUCACAGCAAUAAAUAUACCACCACCUCAGCCUUUUAUCACCAAUACACCAGUACAUGACCUCGUGCCAUUGAGAUCGUCAGUUUCUGGAAUAACAGAAACAAAUGAACAAGAUGCACGUGAAGCUCUAGUUAAAUAUGUUUCAUCGCAUUAUUGUUAUGGCAAAGGAGUCGCUAAGAACAUGAUCAUCACCAAGAUGGAUCAUUAUAACGCUUAUCAUUACUCACUUGAAACUUUUACUGAGAACAGAUCAAUUUGUUGGACUUACGAAGCUUAUAUCGGAGGUCAUCUUGAUGGUCCAAUAUCUGGCCCGGCCCCCCAACCGUGGGAUAUUGUUGUUGACCCUCCAAAGGCUUUUGAUUGUCAUUCAAUAUCUUUGCCUGUCCCUCAUACUGGUUGUCUAAGAAACUGUCAUACCUGCGGAGGUGUUGGACGAAAACGUUGUUAUACUUGCAUUGGAACAGGUUGGGAAAAUUGUUAUUCUUGUUCGGGAGAUGGAUACAAACCGCAUCCUUUUGUCCAAGGCAAUACCGAGCGAUGUUUCCAUUGUCAUGGCAUCGGUAAGAAAAAGUGCUACCGAUGUAACGGCGAUGGGAUGAGUAGCUGUAAAAUUUGUUCUGGAACCGGUCAGAUCAAAUGCUUUAUUAAAUUGAAAGUUAAUUGGAUCAAUCAUGUUGAUGAUUUUUUCAUUGAACACGAAGAUAUUCCCGUUGAUUUGCUUAAACAAGUGACCGGUCAGAUUGUUUUCGAUGAAACAAGUGAAAAAGUUUGGCCAAUUGACCAUUUUCCUGAAAACGUUAUCAACAAAGCGAGUGCUGAUUUACUGAGCAAACAUGUCAACUCGUACUUUUGCCAAGAGAAACCUUUGAUUCAGAGACAAAGGAUCUAUCGUAUUCCAAUAAGCAGAGUCACUUAUUCAUGGCGGAACAAAUUAAGAAAGUUCUGGGUCUACGGAAAUGAAAGGAGUGUCCUGGCACCCGAUUAUCCACAAAAAUAUUGUUGUGGGUGUACAAUCAGCUGAGAUGUUUAAGUUUUUGUACCAACAAUUUUUCUACCACAAAUACCAAGAAAUUGCCAAUAAAUUAAUGUUUUCAUCAACGAAAAACUGGAUUACAAUAUCGGGUAAUAAUCCAUUGAAUCGGUUAGUGAAACUCAAAUUAUGACCAGAAAAUUAGUAAUAUUCACAUUUCUAAAUUCAUUGUGAUCCAACUUUUAAUUACAUCAGUCAAAUUAGAUUGUCAAUGAUUUUGUGAAGGGAUUCAAUGAGCAUUAAUGGUUGCCUAUUGUCUACUGUUUGACUCUCAAAUCGCUUGGAGAGUAAUUAUCAACUAACAAAUCAUGUGUGACUUUAUUAAUUUGAAUCAUUAAAUCAGCUUAAAAUUUGAAAACGAAAGUGUAGUUGAGAGUAUCAAUCAAUAAUGAGAUCUAAACUUGACUUGAGGAAGUACAAGAUAAAUUGAGCCUCUCAUAUGAAAAUUGAUUAAUCCAUUUGAUUAAUCAAUAUCAUCCAACCGAAUCGUAAUAUUUCAAUAAUUAGAUUCCCGUUGUUUAAUUGAUACAAAUUAAAACUGACAAUAAUUAUCAUCUGUCUUAAUA